GCGCCGGUCCUGCCGUUCAUUCUGGCUUCACGCGCCGCAGUUCAAAAAUCCAGUGCGAAACAGUAUUUCCUUAUUCCUUGCAAGUGUGUUAUUGUGUCGAAAUUUAAUCAUUUUUAUCCGGGUGCUUGUGCGAGCAUUAAUAUUAUACUAUAUACGAGUUCGGAGUUCGUAUAGUUUUUGUUUUGCCGUGGUCGAGUUUUUUUUUUACUUGUUAGUAUAUUUUGUGUUUGUGUGAUGCUACAUUAAUUAUUCGUCAUAAUGGUGUAGACGAUGCUCUUCGAAAAAUGACAAGCAUAUAAACAUGGACCUGAUAUUUUUGAGAAAGACAGAGUACCAACAUAUUUAAUCAGGUGCCGCCAUGGGAUUGUCAGUGGCGGGAGACGGGCCUUCGUAGAUUUGACGCUGCGAAGGACACCGUCGAUUUAGCCAAAGGCAUCGCAAAGACUAUGGUAAUUGACCGGUUACAAAGCUUGAUUGCGGUGCUUAUCACAGUUUUUGGCGUAUUGCUAGCGAAUUCAGCUACUGAAACUUAUCUUCCUUCGGAUUGGGCAAACGAUUCGCAUCGUCAAAGCAAUAACAAAAGUCUAAAUCAAGACUGGUCAGUUGGCGAAGAAACGUCGUCGUCAUCGUCUUUAGAAGUGGACGUAGCCAAUCACCGGUGGUUGUCCAGUCAUAGAAGUCAAGACUACUUGCUAAUGAGACACGGCCACGAAGACUGCUGCCCUUCGCAAGUGGAAAUGAUCGAACCAAACGGUGGCAGUAACCCCCAAGGGUUGUACGUUGAGCUUUACAGCGACGGGACGGACAAACAGAGAUUCUACGAGGUGUCGUGCAAGGAGGGUGUCGAGGGAAAACCUUGCUUGUUCAUGGAACGCAAGCUGCACAACCAUUCGGUUUGCGAGCAGAGGUAUUCGUAUUCGUACGCAAUCGUCCGUGAGGGGAACGGCCGUCAUCACCAUAACACGUCGAACGGCGGGGUCAACAAGCAGUUCCCUUCGCUGUUCCCCAACGACAACAACGUGUGGAAGUUGGACUACAUCCAGGUGCGCAGCGGGUGCGCUUGCAAGGUGCAGACGCCGAUAAAAAAACAGAAGCAGAGAAGGAAGCAAAACAAGAGGCCGCAAUGAAGCCGGCCGGCCGCCACCGCAGGAUGGUCCAGCACGGUGUGUUCCGCGAGUCCUAAGAUAACAAUAUUUUUAUUGUUGUUGUUGUUAUUACUAUUACUACUACUACUACUACUACUACUACUACUACUACUACUACUACUACUACUACUACUACUACUACUACUACUACUACUAUUAUUAUUAUUAUUUUUAUUAUUUACUAGUAUUUCAAUACUAAUAUUAUUAUGCGAAAUGUUAUAAAAAAAUAACCCACAAAAAGCAAAGAAAUAUUUAGCCAAAUGCUUUGACUAAACCAUAUUGGGUUAGUUGGGAUCACGAUGUUGGUUUAACCUUGAAAUUAUAAUGUAGUGUAUGUGAUAACAUAAAUAUUGUUUUACUGUUCUUACAUUUUUAUUACAUUUGGUGCAAACUGCUAUUAUAAUCAUUUGACGUAGAGGAAUUUCAUAAAAGAAAAACUUGCUAUUAUAUACGUUUAAAAUUACUUCAUCUAAUCGCGAUGCAAACGAUAUUAACUUUCGGUUGUCGCGUGUAGAUUAAAAACAAGUGUUCUGAAACGAAUAUUCUGUCGCUAAAACGUGUUGACGUGUUAACUGCUAUGCAUUUUAAAUAGUAUUUGCACAUUUAGGCGUUUCUAACCGCUGACUAUGAUCUAUAAACCGGAUCAAAUCUAUCGCAAAAGCACGCCGAUGUCGUCGAUCAACUUUUAAGUUAAUCUUAAUCAAAACAACAACAAUAACAAUCAUAAUAAUACAAAUAUUUUAACACUAAUUCCAUUCCCUCUUUAAAUAAAUAUGGGUGAUAACUAGGUACUAUCUGGCACGAUAGCAUGUAUAUCUGACAUGCCACAGAUAUUCACCCUUAUCGGUUGUCUUAUAAAUUUGUUUGUUUGUUCUAUGCAUCAUAAUCAUUUUUUAAAUUAUUAUAUUUUAAGUAUAUGUAUUUAGUCAUUCGGAUGUUACCUUAGGCUUAUACGAAUAUAUAGGUAAUAUUAUAUAUUAAGUAUAAUCAUGACUGCUGCGCACUGUCCGCGAAUUUCGUUGACGAGUUACCUAAACUAUUUCGAAUGCAUACAAUUUAAACAAAUGUAUUUUUAUGAUUUUAAUAAAGCACUGUAUAUAAUAUUUACCUACGUAACCAUUCACCAAUUGCAUCCAGUCGAUUACCGGCAAUAAUGUUAAUUCUGUAUUUCUGUAUAAUUUAUAUUACGUAUUAACUAUUUGUUUAUUAUUAUAUUGUAAUGUACUAGAUAUGUUUUUAUUCUUUACAUAAAUACAUUUUUUUCUUUUGUUAAUUAUUGUUCCGUAUCAUAAUAGUAUACUGUAAAGUUAUAUAUAUUUUGUAUAUUUUAUGUUGUUUAUUUAUUUAUUUACUACUUAAUGAAAAAUAUUUUAAUACAUUUUAAAACAUGUUUUUUUUUCCAUUUGUACUUUUGAUGUUUCUCAAUACAUUUUUGUUAAUUUUAUACACUAACGAUCCAUUAGACUGUUUUGCCACUAUUGCAUCACUUAAGUAUUAUGUAACUUAUAUUACGUCAUAAUCCAUGUCAACCUUAUAAAAUAAUGUAUACGAAUACUUAAUGUAUUCAAGAUAAAUUGUAAAUUACUGCUAAAAUUGCUUUUAUAACUGUUAAAUGUAAUACCAAUUUGAUUAUAUUCAUAAAACAAAUACAACUUGUCUAUAUACCGCUAA